AUGAUUAAAAACUCAGCGUAUGACGCAGGACAGAAAUUCGACGCUAGCAAAUUGCUUUCGGGAUCUUUCGAAAUAAGACUUGGCUAUCCUCCAGCUUUUGCAGAUCAAAUACAAGCACUCAGAGACCAGGUUGCUAGGGCUCGUAUCUCUAUGGUCGAAAAGAUGGGCCUCGGCCAAGAUUUCUUCGAUACUGAGCCCAGCUUUGUAAACCUAAAAGUUGCCAUUCGUGGAAUUUUAGAUGCACGUCGGUCAGACUUCAACAAGAACUGCCUCAAUCCAUUGAUUGAGAACCUGCGAGUUCAUGGAAUUGCCCCAGUUAUAAGGACAGUAAUCAGUAUGGACUCUACAUAUCAUUUUGAACUUGACACAGCCUUGACAAUAAACGGCUCAACUAGCCCUGCAAUGGAUGCAGAUACAGUUGUGAAUAAAGUUGUAGCUAGGAUGGGACCCCUGUCUGAAGACGGGGAAAUCAGAAGACAUGCAGCUAUCAUCAGCAAGCUGGACGAAUGGAUGGGCGAUCUCAACGCUCCUUGUUGA